AUGGAGACCGCCCAAGCUACGGAAGUUGCAGAUCUGAAUCAGAAAUGUGAGUUAGCAGAUGAGGACAUCACUCUUAUUAACAGGCGGCUCAACGAGGCACAAGAUGGUAUUGCCGCGGUUGAUACCCUUCAGGCUGAACUUGCCCGGGCCAAGGAGCAGGGUAGAGUGAGCGACACCGCUGCCACGAAGGCGGCUGCGGAUUUAAAGGCCGAACAGGCCGCUCAGCGCAAGUGCCAGGAGAGAAUGUCUACCAUGGAGUGGGAGCUGAAGGAUGUCACUAGGAGGUGCAAAUCUCUCGAGGAAGAUAACAAAACCAAAGCAGCCAAACUCGACAAGGCCUUACUAGAGGCGAAAGAAGCGCAAUCCGAAUCCAGAGCGGCUCGGGAGGAGUCGAAGAAGGAUUGGCCGGUGCUGCCGGCUGGCGUCAAGUUCGAUCCCACGGAUCAGGAGCUGAUCGAGCACCUUGAGGCCAAAGUGAGUGAUGACGGCAUGAGAUCUCACCCUCUCAUCGAUUUGUUCAUACCAACCAUCGACAGCGAGCACGGCAUAUGCUACACCCAUCCUGAGAAACUUCCAGGUAUCACACUAAGUGGCCUAAGCAAGCAUUUCUUCCAGCGCAAUUCUAGGGCGUUCAAAAGGGGCACGUCGACGCAUCGCAAGAUACAGUCGGAGUGUGGCAUGCACGCGAUGUGGCACAACACCGGCAAUACCUUGCCGAUGAUGGUCACCGGCCGGCAGACGGGCAACAAAAAGGUCCUGGUGCUGCACACCAACAAGAACUUCGACCAGCAGAAGACCAACUGGGUGAUGCACCAGUACCACCUCGGGGGCCUGGAGCAAGAGAAGGAGCGGGAGCUGGUCCUCUGCAAGAUUUUCUAC